UUUCAGGUUACUAAUUCUUCAAAAGCUGAUGUGACUGUGAAAGCCAAAAAAGAAACAGAUUUUACCUCAGAGAGUGGUAGUGAAAGUGGAAAAGAGAAUAGAAAAGCUACUAAAAGAAGCAAGUUGCCUAAUUAUCGGAAAAACACUUCAUCAACCAAGCUCCAUUCUCAAAGGGGAAAACUGUCAGCCAGAGAACAAGAGAAAGAUUUCAUCAAGUCUAAAUUUCAAAAAUCCCACAUCAAAGAGGGACAAAGUUCAAGCCCAGCUUCAGAAAUUGCAAGUUUGAAAGUAGUGGGGGAAACACCGGAAAAACUGUGUGGACCGAAAAGUCAACUGAAAAAACUAAAUGUGGAUACUGGUAUUCAAGAAGAAUUCACUUACAGGGUACUAAUUCAAGAAUUAGAUCAGGAGAGAGAGAAGCGAUGGAAAGCUGAACAAGCUGAAAAGAAACUGAGUGAAAGCAUUAAGCAGCUGCAGAACCAGGCCAAAGAAGAAAAAGAUAUUCAAAGCCUAGCUGUUUACACUACAGAUAGGCUAAGGGAGCUGAUUUUGAAAGAACGAAAUGCAAAGACAAGACUUCAGGCUGAUAUUCGGCAACUGAAAGAUGAAGCUGAAAAACUUGGUAAGGAGCUAGAACGGUCCAAACAAAAAGAAGAGGAUCAGCAAAAGGCUCUCCGUGCUUUAGAAGAAGCUCUCUCCAAGCUGGAGUCACAAAAAGCACAGCAGCAAGCUUCAGAGAUGAAAAGAAUUCAAACUGCAGAACUUAAAGCAUCAGCAGCUGAGAGAGAAGUACAGUUACUUCGAAUAUGUCUUCAGCAACAAAAAGAAAAGGUGGAACAAGUCCAUGAACUCCUAACACUAAGAGAGCAGGAACACAGAAAAGAACUGGAAACCAGAGUUAUAUUAAAUGGCUCAGAAUUUCAAGAAGCUCUGUCAAAAGAAGUAGCCAGAGAAGAACAGAGACAUAAGGACCAUAUUAAAGAACUACAGGAAAAACGUCACCAGUUAAACCAGAAAUACAAGGAUCUAGAGAAUGAGUUCCGUGUAGCCUUAACUAUAGAAGCCAAAAGAUUUUCAGAGGUUAAAGAAGGCUUUGAUAGACUUACUGCAGAGCUGGCAGAGCAUAAACAAGUUCUUCUCCACUCUCAGCAAAAGGAAAAGCAAUCUGCUACUUUGAUCCAUGAGCUGACAUCUGUAGUGAAAGAACAAAAAGAUAAAAUCACAGAAUUAAUCAAAUCAAAGCAAGACAUAGUGUACAACUUGAAAAGUCGGAUACAAACUCUUGAAAAUAUGGUAGAGGAAGAUCAACAAAAGACUGUUCAACUUGAGCUUCUUAAGCAGGAAAAUUCAAAACUUAUCUCACAAGUAACAGCUCAGGAGUCUGUAAUUAAUGGAUUAAAAGCAGAAAGAAAAAUAUGGGGAGAGGAGCUGGCACAGCAAGGAGCUUCUCUUGCUCAAGAUCGGGGAAAAUUGGAAGCCAAAAUAGAAGUUCUAACUAGUGAAACUGAAGCUUUGAAAAAACAAAAUGAAUCUCUCAAUGAUGCUUUGCAGAUUAAGUCUAAAAUUGUGGAAGAUCAAACCGAAACCAUUAGAAAGCUAAAAGAAGCCUCACAGAACCGAGAUGGGCAAAUAAGAAAGCUUCGUGAAGACAAUAUUGAAAUACAGAAGAGACUUCAAAUACAACUCCAGGAAAAAGAUGCACAGUUAGAUAAUUUAUUGGAAAAAUUAGAAAGGCAAAACGAGAGAAAAGAAGAACUGAAGCAUGAAUUGCAAGAAAAGGAUGCUGAGCUCAAUGACAUCAAAGAAUCUUAUAGUGUGAUGAAUAAAAAAUGGCAAGAUAAAGGAGGAUUGCUGAACAAGUUGGAAGCACAAGUCAAACAAAUGAAAGAAAACUUUGAUAUCAGGGAGCAGCAGCUGAGAGAGGAAAGAGAUCAAAGUCUUCAAGCUCAGAAGAUUAUGGCGGAAAAACUACAUUCUGUGGAUGAUGCUUUCCGAAGACAACAUGAAUCAACCAUUGCAGCACAUCAAGCAGAACUGCUACAUCUAGCAAAUGAAAAACAGAAACAAGUUGUGGCAGCCAAUGAAAAGGUUUAUCAGGUUGAAGAAGAAAUGCGUCAAUUACUACAAGAAACCGCAAACAAUAAAAAGACUAUGGAAGAGAAAAUAAAAUGGCUAACAGUUGCUUUGAGUGAUAUUCAACAAGGACUUUGAGAAACAUCUAUAGCACUUGGCAUUUGUAACCGUCAUUUCAGAUUAUUUGAUGAUAGGAAAUGCUGUAUGUCGCCAUAAGUUAUAUUUGUACUUUAUGUAAAUAUUUUCAGAAUAAAAGUUUCCUUUUGUUAAACUAUCAGUGACCUAGAAAUUUC